AGCAUCCAUUUGGCUAAUUGAGCUAACAUGUUUCACUGCUUAUUCUAUGCUGGUGAUCGCAAUCUUCAGAAUGAGAAGCCUUUAACUUAACAACAAAGUGCUUUGAGAGUAUCUGAGUUGACGUGAAGGUGACUGCCAUGUGUGAGCCUCGAGGCUGCUGCCUGGCGUAUUUGGACGUGGCAUUUUAUGGGAUAGUAAUUGAAAGGUUAAAAUAAGGAUAAUCCUGUAAGUAGAUUACACAGAGCUUUUCCUAUUUUCCAGUUAUGUGGGAUCCUGUCUGUUCCCAGCAGUAAACACAACACGAGAUGGAUCUGGGCAGACAGUCGGGUCUGAAACCCUGUGCUCUUUGUUUCGCAGGGAUAGAGUGCAAGAAAAGGAAGAGCAGUUGAUGGAAGAAAAGAAAAAGAGAAAAGAGGACAAGAAGAAAAAGGAAGCCGCUUUGAAGAAGGCCACUGAACAAAAAAACAAAGUGCCAGAGCCAACUAAGACCUGUCCAAGCCAGCCUCCGCCUCCACCUGCCAACCAAAACAGUGGCACUUCGGCAACUACCAGCAACAAUAGCAAUGCCAAGCGGGCCCCAGCCAGCGCUCAGCAGCAAACCGUGUCUCGCUAUCCACCUCGGGAAGUACCGCCACGCUUUCGACACCAGGAACAAAAGCAGCUGCUGAAGAGGGGCCAGCAGCUGCCUACAGGAGCUGGGACUUUAACGCCAGUACUGGGAGUCAGCACUCUGACUGUCCAGCCAGUCACCAACGGACAGCCGCCACACCGAAGCAAAGCCCAGACAGAUUUAAACCACAGUGGGUUGGGGUCGCAUUAUGAAAAUUGUGACUGGGCACCUGUCUCCGCUACCAGUGACUCCACUACAAAUUGGGAUAAAGUUAUUGUAGAUAGGUCUGAUAAGGAAGCCUGGCCUUCCAUCACUGGCAGCGACCCUGAGUUGGCUUCAGAAUGCAUGGACGUUGACUCUGCCUCAAGCUCUGGCUCGGAAAAGAACCUUAAUAUCAUGGCUUCAGGGAGCACAGUUGGUGAUGGCGAUGGCAACAGAACAGCCAACGGAAAUGGAUCAUCCAACCAGUUUGUGGUUGGAAACGUCAGCAAUAAUGUAGGAAACGGAAGUAUUAAUGGGUCUUGGGGUGGAUCCCGUGGCCCUUCAUCAAGCACAUGCCAGGCUUUUGCAGAAAACCUAGAUGGCAAACUGGAAAAUGGCCGUGGUAAACUGAAUGCUUGGGGCAGCUUGGGCUCCACAGCUAGUGGGUCCCUGAAUCCAAAUGCCAACUUGGGUGCCUGGCCGGUGUUGGAAAACGAAGUAAACCCUGUGCAAGGACCUGUGGCAGGUUGCAAUUCAGGCACCAAUAUACAACGUAGCACUGUAGGUCAAAUGCUGAAUAACGCGAGUGUUAACUUGGGACUAUCUUCCCAUGCCUCCUGGGGAGCAGUGCAGGAGAAUUCUGAUGCAGAAGUUAAUGGUACAAGGAAGGUUUCAUUCAGUGGACAACCUCAAAACCUUAACACUGAAAUGAAUGGACCAAAUAACACUACUAACCCUUUGACCUCUAGCUUACCAAACUCUACUAGUUCAAUGCAGACAAGUGAACUGCCUAAAAUGGCGGGGCCUGGAGCCUGGGGUGCACCCUUGGGAAUGAGCACAGUAAAUGCAUCUCAGCUUCAGGCCUCUUCAGCUACGAAUGGCACUUCCGUUUCUCAGCUUGGCAAUGGCGGAAUCAGUGAGGGAAUGAACAGUGGGACUUAUGAUGCGACUUGGGGCACAUCUGGCACUAACUACGCUGGAGAUAAAUGCCUGAGCAGUAACAUGGGGCAAGCUAGUGGCGACACUGUGAAUGCAACUCCAGCACAAUCUUCUAUUAAUGGAUCGGGGAGUACCGCUUACAAAAGUAAUGGGGGAAGCAAUAGAGGAGGGGUCACCUGGGAAUCCGGUGUGGUCAACUCCCACAAUCUAGCAUGGGGAGCAGGGAACAGUAUGGGCUCUGGAGGGACUCGAAGAGUCUGGGGUGGAAACCUAGCAACUAAUGUAAACACUGGCACUAAUGUCUCAAACGGGGAAUGGAACAAACUGCCUAACAAUCAUUCCAAUAAUGGUCUAAAUGGAAAUGGUAAUAGGAAGGGAUCAAAUGGAUGGAAAAGUCUAGAUGAUACUCUUUGUGGUCAGAACUCUAGUACAUCACAGUUGAACGAACAGAACAAUAUAUGGGCCAAAGGUACUGCCGAUAGUGAAGGGAGCACAGAGAGUACUGGGAGUCGCCACGACCGGGCGAGCGUAGGCAGUGGGGAUGCCAACAGCACGGGAGGCAGGCGUGGUGAGAAAAGGAAACCUGACCAACCAGGGUCAGCCCAAAGUAUUCUGAGUAGAACUGACUUGGACCCACGGGUCCUUUGCAACACAGGUUGGGGUCAGACUCCAAUCAGACAGAACACUGCCUGGGACACUGAACCAUCACCCAAGAGUGAUCGUAAGACUGACAUUGGAACAGAGGCCUGGGGGGGUCACGUUUCCCAGACUUCAAACUCAGGUGGGUGGGGGGAUGGACCUGGCCCAAACAGUAAUGAUACCUCAUCAGUAUCUGGGUGGGCGGACCCAAAGCCUACUAAAGUCUCUUGUAACACAGGCUGGGGAGACACCAAAGGCUCGAGCAGUCAAGGGGGGUGUGAAGAUAAUUCUGCUGCUACAGGAAUGGUCAAGAGCAAUCAAACGUGGGGAGGGAAUAAGGAGGAGAAGGUCAAACAGGGAUGGACUGACGGACAGAAAUCUAACCAAGGUUGGAGCAUGUCUGGAGGUGAUGGAUGGGGAGAGAAUUCAAGAACUAGCCACUGGGGGGAGCCACAGAAGGCGAACUCGGGUGCCUGGGAAAGGGAUAGGGAUAGUGAUGGUGAUAGGUCUGUGGCUGGCUGGAGUGAGCCUGUCAGGCCAGGUUCUGGCUCGUGCACGUGGGCAGGUAGCAACAAUUCAAACCCCAAUCAUACAAAUGGCUGGAGAGAGGCAGCCAAACCCACUCCAUCCCCGGGGUGGGGGGAACCGGGUAAACCCACUCCAUCCCCAGGGUGGGGGGAGCCGGGUAAACCCACUCCAUCUCCAGGGUGGGGGGAACCGGGUAAACCCACUCCAUCCCCAGGGUGGGGGGAGCCGGGUAAACCUACUCCGUCCCUGGGGUGGGGGGAGUCAGUCAAACCCACUCCAUCCCCAGGGUGGGGGGAGCAGAGCAAACCCACUCAGUCCCCAGGAUGGGGGGAGCCUGGCAAACCCUCUCCGUCCCCAGGGUGGGGGGAGCCGGGCAAGCCCUCUCCAUCUCCAGGGUGGGGGGAGCCGGGCAAACCCACUCAGUCCCCAGGGUGGGGGGAGCCGAGCAAACACACUCAGUCCCCAGGGUGGGGGGAGGCAGCCAAACCUACUCAAUCCCCAGGGUGGGGGGAACCGGGUAAACCCACUCCAUCCCCAGGGUGGGGGGAGCCGGGUAAACCCACUCCAUCUCCAGGGUGGGGGGAGUCAGGCAAACCCACUCCGUCCCCAGGGUGGGGGGAGCCAGCUAAGCCAAACAACUCUCCGGAUUGGAACAAGCAACAUAACAGCAAUGGUUCUUGGGGACCAGGUUCCACCACAGCUAAACCCGCUCCCGGCUGGCACAGCGGCCCGGCCCCAGCAAAGGAAGACGAGCCCACAGGCUGGGAGGAACCUUCUCCAGAGUCUAUCCGUCGCAAAAUAGAGAUUGACGAUGGGACUUCGGCUUGGGGAGACCCAAACAAGUACAACUACAGGGGUGUGAACAUGUGGAACAAAAACGUGCAGAGCAGCAGCAACGCUUCAGACCAAGCGGCGCAGGCACAACCACUGCAGCAGCCACCACCACCACCAGUGCAGCAGUUGCCACCACAGCAGAUGCCAGCGCCGAGUACCAUGCCAAGCAAGGAGAACGGUGGCAGUGGUUGGGGAGAGUCUUACGGCGUUCAGACAAAGCCAGAGGCUUGGGGAGACUCGUCCGCACUAAGUGCGCCAAUGGACAAUGGAACCGCAGCCUGGGGACAGCCCAUGGACACCGGAUCAUCCGGCUGGGGAGAGUCACUUAAUGACCGUGCUGGUACCUCUGGUUGGGGCAACACUCCCGCUGCCCCACCAACUACAAACAGAGCGGGCCCCAAACCUAUGCAAGAUGGCUGGUGUGCCGAGGAGGCGUCUGUGCCAGGGACCCGGCACUCCAGCUGGGAGGAGGAGGAGGGAGAUGUGAUGUGGAACAACAAUGGCUCACAGGACAACAACGCUACAAACUGGGCAGCAAAAAAGAUGGCGCAAAAGCAGGGAACAAUGAAGAUGGGGAACAAAACAGAGGAAGUAUGGAUGAACCAAUUAAUGAAACAAUUCUCAAACAUUGGAUUUGCUAGGGACCCUGUUGAAGAAGCAAAGAGCAAUAAGAUGGAUCUUCCUGUGGGUAUGUUAAGAGACAAGAGACUGGAGCUGGACAAGCACGGACUAAAUGUUGGCGAAUAUACUGGCAUUAUCGGGAAAGGGCCGGGUUCUCGCCCCCAGAUUUCCAAAGAGUCUUCCAUGGAUCGCAAUCCUUACUAUGAUAAGCUGUCUUUGUCUCUGUCACAUCAAGACGGCAUGCUAGCUGAGGAGCCCCAAACCUUACCAUACAUGUCCACACCAAGCACGAAGCUGCUCCCCUCAAACAGUGCACUACCUAAUCAGGCCAUGGGCUCAAUGGGGCUGGGCAUGCAAACCGGGAACCCUGGCCGACAGAAUGGCAAUCCGAACCUAUAUGGCGGCAGCAAUGCAGCAGCACAAGCCAGGGGGAUGCAACAGCCUCCAGCACAACCUCUUAACUCAUCUCAGCCUAAUCUCCGCACUCAAGUGCCUCCUCCAUUAUUAUCCCCUCAGGUUCCAGCAUCAUUACUGAAGUACACAGCAGGCAACGGGGGCCUGAACCCUGCACUAUUAAACUUUGCCCCCCAGCAGGUAGCCAUGCUGAACCAGCUGUCACAGAUCUCUCAGCUCCAGCGGCUGUUGCUGCAACAGCAAAAGGCUCAGAACGUACGGAACAUGCCGGGCCCUCUCCGCCAGUCUCCAGAACAGGCGGCUCGUGUGUUCAACGUGCAACAGAUGCUGCAACACCCGCGCCAGAUGGACACCAGCCUCCUGAUGAAGCAGCCACAGCCUCAGCCGAUGCAUCAGCCCUCGGUGAAGUCCUUCCUGGAGAACCUCAUGCCCCCCACCCCUCCCGAGCUGCAGACAAAAGAGCCGCCUUCGCUGCCUUCCUACAGCAGCUACCCUUUAGGUGGGUUUCCCCGACCCAGGCCAGGCCAGCCCGAGGCUGCUCAUGCCCCCCACAUGCCCUUAGACUAUUCCAUGGCCAAAAUGUUUCCUACCGACUGCAGCCCCGGCCUCCUUAGCCCGCCCCUGUGUAACCAAAACAGCCACCUGCCUGGCUCGCCCAGCCAUCAGCGGUCGACGAGGAAGCCUGUCAAUCAAGAUAGCAGGUCUAUGUCAAGAGGCUUGAAUCCCAACUUGAAUGUAAACAGCCUGGAUUUCGGCAGUAUUGUUAACCUGAAAGAGCCACAAUCACAACAGUCCCGACUGAAACAGUGGACUGCCUUGGAGACCCUUCCUGUUAAUACGUCUCUAGAUCAAAACUCCAGCAAACAUGGUGCUACUUCAAGUGGUCUUAGUAUUUGUUCGUCGGGCAAGUUGCUUGAAGAAUCUCCUUUUGGUCACUUUGACUUCUCCGGUAACUCCUUGGUCAGCCCUCCGGGAUCCAUUGGAGAUGGCUGGCCCAGUGCCAAAUCGCCCAAUGAUAAGCUCUCUAGCAAUGUUAAUUGGCCACCAGAAUUUCGUCCUGGUGAACCUUGGAAAGGUUAUCAAAACAUUGACCCUGAAACUGACCCUUACGUCACUCCCGGCAGUGUGAUGACUGGCCUGUCCAUCUCCACCGCCAGGGAUCUCGACCUCCUCAGGGACAGGAACAACGGGUCAUCGUCCUCUAUGAACACCACGCUGCCUUCAACUAGUGCCUGGUCCCUUGUUGGUGCCUCCAGCUACAAUAGUUCCCUCAGCAGUACAGCACAAAGCACUCCAGCCAGAAUCGGUGACCCCAAAUCCACAUGGUCUCCUGGUCCAGUUACCAACACUUCCCUGGCUCACGAGCUGUGGAAAGUCCCGCUGCCUCCGAAAAACACUACAGCUCCGUCCCGCCCGCCCCCGGGGCUCACCAGUCACAAGCCUUCCCACUCCUGGGGGAACAGCUCGCUCCGCCUGGGGGUGGGAUGGGGGAACUCCGAGUCCAGAUACACCCCCGGUCCAAGCUGGGGUGACAUCAGCUCAGGGAGAAUAACCAACUGGCUUGUUCUCAAAAACCUCACGCCUCAGAUUGAUGGCUCCACCCUGCGGACACUGUGUAUGCAGCACGGCCCGCUGAUAACAUUCCACCUGAACCUGCCCCAUGGAAAUGCUUUGGUCUGUUACAGCUCGAAAGAAGAGGCAGCCAAGGCACAGAAAUCUCUGCACAUGUGUGUUUUAGGGAACACUACCAUUCUUGCCGAGUUUGCCAGUGAAGACGAGAUUAAUCGCUUCUUUGCACAAGGCCAGUCGCUGACCCCCUCUCCGGGCUGGCAAUCCCUGGGAUCCGGCCAGAGCCGCAUGGGAUCCAUGGACAGCUCUCACCCCUUCUCCAACCGCAACGAUCUCAGUCACUGGAACAGUGCUGGGCUGGCGGGGGGCGGGGGGGAGCUGCACGGCACUUCUCUCUGGGGGACCCCCAAUUAUUCCACUAGCCUGUGGGGGUCCCCGAGCAUCAGCGAGACCCGGGGCAUCGGCAGCCCCUCCCCCAUCAACGCUUUCCUCCCCGUCGACCACCUUGGUGGUGGAGAAUCCAUAUGAACUUGUAUACAUACUCGUGACUUAAACUGUGACCUCAAAACGAUCUUGAAAAGCAGCACUAAAUGGGCUUUUCGUCUGCAGAGAGGGAGGGAAGGAGAGGAAGGAAGGGGUCGCGUGUGGAAAUGUUCCGUUCUGCACCUUUAUUUCCACUUUGUUUUAGCCCAGGACAUAUCAGUUUUAAUACUUGAAUCAUGCAGGCCAAUAUGGAAAGAAAAUGUGAAAAAAAAGGUAUAUAUUUAUACUUCCAAAUAGUGCUAUCCAUUACAAGAGAGAAACUGCUUAGAAUGAGCUAGUUCGUGUGCACUCACUCACCAGGUUUGUUCCUUGAAUUCCAAAAGUUUUUUUUUCUCUCUUCGGUAUUGUUUGCUGAUGAUGUUGAGAGUACAGAGCUGUUAUCUUUGCACUGAGAACCAACCACUCCCCCUCCGAUUGGCAGUAGGAGGGGGGGAGAGAUCACGGUUCAAGUGGAAAUGUUUACUCAAGGAUGCUCUGUUUAAAAUCAAAAUGGGCUGGGGAGGGAGGGGCGGGAGGGAGAGAGGGAGGGGAAAGUGUGCUCUUUUACUAUGCCUUGAUGUGUACCGAAUUUAUUGUGGUAUUGUGGAGUAAGAUCAAGUUCUCAGACUGACUUACAAGUUAUUAAAACCCCCAAGUAUUGCACCGACCUGUUGUUCUUACCCAACUUGAAACUAAAGAGUUACCUGCAACGUGACACUGGUCAGUUAAGGUGUGACCUUGCUGGCCCGGCCGGCCAGUCAAAAGGGUACAAAGCACUUUCAAUAGAGCUUUUUUUUUCAGUUUCGUUUGAAUUUUCUCUCUGGGGGAGGUGCCCAGGUUUGCGUGCGCCCCUCUUGUUUACAGACAUUUUGAGGGAAAAAAAAUGUUUACUCUUCCAUCGUUGAUUAAAAAAGAAAAAU